CGAAAAAGUUAAUGAGCUGUAAACACGUAGUGUCUCGGCGCUUGAUAUUUUGUCUAUUACCAGUGAAACUACCAGUUUUUAAUUAUAGUUAAAGUGAUCAAACUAACUUUAAACUACACAGGUUUAUGGAUUAUAAACAAUUUACCAGUUUUGUUUUUUGCGGGAAACGAAAGUAAUUAGUUUCGGUAGUACCGUAAAUAAAUUAUCAAUAUGUCAUCAGAUGUUACUAUACAGGAUGUCCCAGCGAAUAAAUCUUAUUCUACCGCAGCUUCACAGCAAAAUUUCUUCCCAGGAAAAGAAAACGCAAUACUUUUUAGCGCUAUUAAUAAUACACCACUGCAAGAUUAUCUUAUUUCUUUAGGUAAUUUAAUAAAUCCCAAAAAUAUCUUAUUCUCGUCUCGCCUAUCUAAUAAUCGAAUAUGCAUGUAUUUAAGUAGCAAGCAAGCUGUUGAGGAUUUUAUGACAAACUAUGGUUCUAUACAGGUAAAUGGAGAAACAGUCAGGGCCAGAAGGCUCAUAACGCCUGCAGAAAGAAUAGUGCUAUCAAAUGUUUGUCCAAGUAUCCCACACGAAGUAAUCAUCCAAGAAUUAAAACAUCUCGGCCUAAACUUAGUUUCUCCAAUCACUUUCCUAAAGAUCAGUGCCUCUCUUCCAGAAUAUAGCCAUAUAAAAAGUUUUAGAAGGCAAGUGUUUAUUAGUCCGCAUAACACGACGAUCCCAGAUUCAAUUCUUCUGAAUUAUGAUAAUACUAAUUAUAGAAUAUUCAUUUCGCAGGAUAGUAUGACAUGCUAUAUAUGUAAACAAAUAAAUCACAUUGCUAGUAACUGUCCAAGCAAUAAAAAUUCUUCUUCUCAGCCUUCAGGACCCUUAACUCCCCCUACUGUUCAAUCUUCUGACUCUCCUACCAAUGCUGGUAAUCAAGUAGACCAAACUUCUAAUAAUGAUCAAAAUAAAAAUACCGACAUAUUUCCACAAGUAUCCAUACCAAACACCUCUAACUCUACAUCAGUGGAAAUUAUACAGCCCGUUUCUGAAGCAACCCAAGAUUUAAAAACUAACGAAAAUACUCCACUGGAAUCUUCUGCUACAGCCGAAAAUAUAGAGAUAAUUUCACAGACUUCACUAGCGAUCACGAAAGAAUCACCCUGUCCCUCCACCAAACGAACCAUAGAGGAAACAUUAUCUCCACCUGUUGAAAAUGUCGUUGAUAAUCAAACAUUUCUUCUUCCUGCUCAGCCUCAUAAAACAAAAACUCAAAAGAAUAAAAAACCUAAACGCUCAUUACCUAUCCCCGAAACACUUGAAUCAUAUCUAAGUAAACAAUCAACACCGUCCAUUUUAAGCUAUGACCAAUUAAUGAUGCUUAUUGAAAAUAUUCAAGGCAGCCAAUCUCCUAUUGAAAUUGUUAAAGAAUUCACAUCUGAUUUCCUUGGUCUCGUAAAUUUGCUUACCGUCUCUUAUCAAUAUAUUCCAGACAGAGCCACAAAAUAUCGUUUUACAAGGCUAAAAACCCUACUGCUACGUUUUCUCGGUGAAGAAGCUACUACUGAGAGUGAACUCUCUUCAACUGAAACAUAA